AAUUAAUGCCUUCAACUGGUGAAAAUUGACAAACCAUCAACCCCCUUAAAACACGAAAUGCAAGCGAAGUCGGAAUGGAAUAAAAUGUAGGAUGCGGGAAAGAGAAACGAAGUGAAAACCAUAUAAGAAGCAAUCGUCUUUUGCUUUCAACAAACAUGUCCUGAGAGAGAUGCUCUCUUUCCUGCUACUGUUGGCCUUAAUGGCUUCCUCUUCACCGGCGAAAUCUCAAAGUCCUCCCCUUCCCCAAAAAUUAAACAUCUUCAUCCUGGCAGGACAGAGCAACAUGGCCGGCCGCGGAGGGGUUGUCAACGACACCUGGGACCGUGUUGUUCCUCCACAGUGCCAGCCAAAUCCCUCUAUCUACCGAUUGAGUGCGGACCUGGCGUGGGUCCCAGCCCGCGAGCCACUCCACAUUGACAUUGAUAUGGCCAAGGUAACAGGGGUUGGACCAGGGAUGGCUUUCGCUAAUGCCGUGCUGACCCGGGACCGGACUCUUGGGACGGUGGGAUUGGUGCCGUGCGCGAUCGGAGGGACUAGUAUAACCCAGUGGAAUAAAGGGGGAUAUUUGUACGAACAGCUGGUGAGGAGGGCCAAGAUGGCAGUGCAGAGUGGAGGGGCUUACGCCGCCAUGCUUUGGUAUCAAGGGGAAAGUGAUACAGUGAAUCGAGAGGAUGCUGAAUUGUACAAAGGCAGAUUGGAGAUGUUCUUUACUAAUUUACGCUCUGAUCUGCAAGCACCAUCGCUCCCAAUAUUUCAGGUGGCUCUUGCGUCUGGGGAGGGACCAUACAUACACAUGGUGAGGGAAGCUCAGUUCGGAAUUGACCUUACGAACGUGCACCACGUCGAUGCUAAGGGGUUGCCGCUUGAACCGGACGGCCUGCACCUCAGCACUCCCGCGCAGGUGACGCUCGGGGAGAAGUUAGCGGAUGCAUUCCUUCAGUCCAUCGGCACGUCGUCGCCAAGUCCAUUGAGCAGCAAUGAUGCUAACACAGAUUUUUCUAGUUUUGUUCACUGUUUGUUAUUUGCUCUGUGUAUGGACCUUGCUUUUAGAUAGGUUCAUUCGUCAAAGUAGUGAUAAUCAAUAGUAUAUUCGAAUUGAAGAGAAUAUAGGGACGGGAAGGAAAAUUUUUUUUAUUUAAUUAUAAAAAAAUAAAAGAAAGGAGAGAGAAAAUUUUAAAAGAGAGGGGAGGAAAAAAUUUAUUUUAUUUUA